ACUCGCUAGGCGCACCGGCUCCCCAGACCAGAAACAUCGCACUAUGGCCUCGCUGUAAGCCUACUGAAACGCCCGUUGUGUACAUACCUCACCGGCAAUCCGUCACCAUCGACGCCUUGAUCAUGGACCUCCGGUCCAGAGGCUUUUUUCGGGGCCAUCGGAGUUGCCAAUAGUGCUCCUGAAGUGCUAUAUUGAUUUUGUGUAUUGUCACUUUUGCACGCUCCGGGGAUUUAAAUAGCAAGUGACAGUAGUAGCACUCACUCCAUCUGCCAGCUAGCUAGCUAGCUCGCUAAGUCAAUAGCUAAGAAGGGCAUCACUUUCCUUUUGGAGUAAAGGACAAGAAAACAACACCUCUGUUUUCUUUAACAGAAGAUAGGGCUUCAGUGGCUGAUUCCCCGUCUUCCAAUCUAACCACACAGGCAUUAUUGAUUCCCGAUAGGCUGGCAAGGCAGCGCCACCCUAAUGCAGAACCACAAAAGCACGUGAAAUGAACAAACCACCGCAGCCUAUAACGGGACCCACCUCUGUCCCACAUCCUGCCCCUUCCCCUGGAUUGACACAGGCUGCCUAUGCCCCGGGACAGCCCCCUUCUCUUGUAUUUGCCACCCCACCUCCACAAAUGAACUCUGCACCACAACCAAGACAGUUUGCUGCAGGGCCCCGUGCUUUACACCAACAGGGUGGAUACAGAGCAUUACAGGGUUACUAUCAGAACCGGCCGGCAGUGCCCACCAGUGCUCCUAGGGUCCAGACCAGUAGUGGCCCACGACCUGUAGGACCCCCUCAUCUCUACCCACCUGGCUCCCAGACGAUGAUGAUGAUUCCCCAGCAGCAGCUGUCCUUUGCUGGGUCCCCUCAGGGCUACUUCAUCCCUUCUGGACAGUAUCGUGCCCCGUACAUGCCUCCGACUCAACAGUAUCCUGUGACCAGUGGCACGGCAGGCUUCUAUCCUGGAACUAGCCCUGCUGAAUACCCUGCUUAUGAGCCCUCUCUUGCUGCGAGGGAGAGGCGGGGUGGUGGGGGGAGAGGGGGCGGGCGAGAGAACGGGCGUCUCUCUCUCCAUGGUGCUCCUCUCACCUCCCAGCGCUACCCCGCAGGCGCAUACUAUCCAGCUCAGCCCCAAUACUCGCCAUCUGUCCAGCCUGCGCCAGUCAUGAUCAACCCCGCCCAGCAGCAGCAACAAGCUCCGCCUCCUCAGCAACCACCGGUGCAGCCACAAGGCCCACCCAAGAGGGAACGCAAACCGAUCACAAUACGAGAUCCCAAUCAGGGUGGGCGCGAUAUCACAGAGGAAAUAAUGUCAGGUGGAAGGUCCACCUCCACACCAACUCCCCCACAGGCCUCCAUAUCAGAUGGAGCAGCUACCCAGACCAACGGUGAAGUUACACAACCUGUCACUGCGGUGACAAGAACAGAUGAAAACAUGGAACCUGCUGCUACAGCUGAAACCCCACCUCCUCCGCCCACAGCUGAAACCCCACCUCCUCCUGCCACAGAGAACCCAGAACCUGUGGUCGAGGCCAAACAGGAAAUGGACAGCCAGACGGUUUCGCCCACAGAGUUGGCCACACAAUGUGUGGCCUCUGUGCCAGUUAUUGAGGUGCCGACCCCGCUGGCAGAGGACCAGCAGCCUCCGUCUUCCCUCCCUCCUGCUGCAGUCUGCACCCCUCCUCUUGCAGAUACAGUAGCUAAAGUAGGUGACACAGUAGAUGCUCCUGUUGGCCCGGCUGUGACAUCAGCAGCAAAAGAGAUCCCUGCCAAAGAGGAGGAUCCACAGAUUGCUCCAGUAGCAGCUGAGAAGGCACCAGAGAAGAAAGUGGAGGAGGUGAAGAAAUUGGAAAAGGAGGAUCCGGUGGCCACAACCAAGUCGGAACCAGAGCCUGCAGUUGAGGUCACAAAGACAGAGACCCCUCCUCCCAUGGCGGUUGAAGAAGCUGCUAGUCUAGCUACAAAGGCAGCGGCAGAAGCCUCCUCUGAGUCUGUUGUCAAGCUUCCAGUCUCUGCACAGGAACCUGCUGCUCCACUGACCCAGAAUCCUGCCCCCAGCUCUGCCCCUGAGGCCAAACCCACACCGGCUCACACAGCAGAGCCUCUUCUCUCCAAUGGCCUUCCUCAGGACACUGAUGAACUGUCUGAGGAUAUGGCAUUUCCAGACAUUACACCUGUCGCCAAGUCAGACACCUCUCAAUCUCAGGAAACCACAUCCGUGGCUACUAUGGCAAUGCCAGCCCAGGAUCAGAAGGAGGAGAAGAAACUGGAAGAAGAGAAAGAGAAAGGUGAGGAUGACCCCUCUGCCUCUGUCAGCUGCCCCGCAGAGGAAUCUACUAUGCAAGCUGCUGUGUCUGUGCCAAAGAUGAGGAACAUGAAAGAGCUUAACAAGAAGGAGGCCAGUGGAGACCUCCCGGAUGCCUUCAAAGAGGAACAGGAGGACAAGACUGCCUCUGAACCCUCUUCCACUCAGGCUGACUCUGUCCCUGCCGCCCCAGCUGCCCCUCCCUCUGAGGUUGCAGAUGAGACCUGGGAAGAGAAAGAGGACAAGCAGAAUGCAGAACCUAGCAAGCCUAAAACCACACCUGAGCCCACCGAGCAGAAAUACCAGUACAAAGAAGAACAAUGGAAGCCGAUUAACCCAGAGGAGAAGAAGCGGUACGACAGAGAAUUCCUGCUGGGCUUCCAGUUUAUCAGCGCUAGUAUGCACAAACCAGAGGGCCUGCCUGUCAUCAGUGAUGUUGUGCUGGACAAGGCAAAUAAGACUCCUCUGCGUCCAGCUGACCCAGCUCGUCUGAUGAACGUCGGUCCAGAUUUUACUCCCUCAUACUUGGGGAACCUUGGGAGCAGGUCAGCAGGAGGACCAAGGGGCCCACCCCCCGGGCCACGUCGCUCCCAACAGGGCCAGAGGAAAGAACCCAGAAAGAUCAUUACCAGCAUGUCCCUCAACGAUGACGUGCAGCUCAACAAGGCUGAGAAGGCCUGGAAGCCCUCUGUGAAGAAGUCUACCCGUAACCGUGCACCAGAAGAGUCUGAGGAAGAUGACCCAGAGCACAUCAAGACUCAGGAGCUGUUCAAGCGUGUGCGCAGCAUCCUCAACAAACUGACCCCGCAGAUGUUCCAGCAGCUGAUGAAACAGGUGACUGAGCUAACAAUCGACACAGAGGAGAGGCUAAAGGGAGUCAUCGACCUCAUCUUUGAGAAGGCCAUCUCCGAACCCAACUUCUCUGUGGCCUAUGCCAACAUGUGCCGCUGCCUUAUAGCGUUGAAAGUCCCCACCACAGAUAAGAAGUUAGGAUCCACUGUGAACUUCCGCAAGCUGCUGCUUAACCGCUGCCAGAAGGAGUUUGAGAAGGACCAGGAUGACGACGAGAUCUUGGAGAAGAAGCAAAAGGAGUUGGAGGCUGCAAAAGACGAGGAGGAAAGUGAGCGCCUGAAGGUGGAGCUGGAGGAGGCUAGGGACAAGGCCCGCCGACGUUCACUGGGUAACAUCAAGUUCAUAGGUGAGCUGUUCAAGCUGAAGAUGCUGACAGAGGCCAUCAUGCAUGACUGUGUGGUGAAACUAUUGAAGAAUCACGAUGAGGAGUCACUGGAAUGCCUCUGCAGGCUACUGUCCACAAUUGGCAAGGACCUGGACUUUGAGAAGGCCAAGCCACGCAUGGAUCAGUAUUUUAACCAGAUGGACAAAAUCAUCAAGGAGAGAAAGACCUCAUCCAGAAUUCGCUUCAUGCUGCAGGACGUCCUGGACCUCAGAAGGAGUAACUGGGUGCCUCGCAGAGGAGACCAGGGCCCUAAAACAAUUGACCAAAUCCACAAGGAGGCAGAGAUGGAGGAACACCGGGAGCAGAUCAAGGUCCAGCAGCAGCUCCUCUCAAAGAAGGAUGGAGGAGGAAGGAUGGGAGGGAGCAUGGGUGGCCGAGGGCCACACACUCCAGGAGGCAGCCGGGGUAGCCAGCCUCAGGAUGAAGGGUGGAACACGGUGCCCAUCUCUACCAAGAACAGACCUAUCGAUACCUCCCGCCUUAGCAAGAUCACAAAGCCUGGCGCACUGGACUUCAACAAUCAGCUGCUUGCUCCAGGUGGCAAAGGCAUGUGGGGCAGCUGGGGCAAAGGCAGCAGCGGUGGAAUAGGAGCUAAACCAGCCAGCGGAGAGCAAGACUCCGGUCGUCCGGCUACCAGCACCCUAAACCGCUUCUCGGCUCUUCAGCAGUCUGCAUCCUUGUUAUCUUCCACAGACUCUGACCACCGAGUUCCUCAGAGGUCUAGUUCCAGCCGUGAGCGUGGCGGGGACAGGGACAGGUUUGACCGCUUUGACCGGCGUGAGGGACGUGAGGGACGUGAGGGACGUGACGACAGGGGCAACAGGAACCCAAUCAGCAAGCGCAGCUUCAGCAGAGAGUCAGAGGAACGUGGCGGAAGGGGGGGAGACAGCCGGGCUUCAACUGAACCUGUGCGCCGUGUGGCCAGCAUGACUGACGACAGGGACAGAGGAAGCCGGGACAGGGCUGCAAGCAAAGAGCCUGCAGUAAAACGUGAAAGCGCCCCCACUCCUCCCCCUGCUCUCUCUAAACCGGCCUUGACUGAAGAGGAGGUUGAGAAGAAGUCCACUGCUAUCAUUGAAGAGUACCUCCACAUCAAUGACUUGAAGGAGGCGUCGCAGUGCGUGGCAGAGCUGAACAGCGCCUCGCUCCUCUUUGUGUUUGUGCGGAACGGCCUAGAGUCGACACUCGAACGCAGCACCAUUGCCAGGGAGCACAUGGGUCUGCUGUUGCACCACCUCGUCAAGACAGGGAUACUGCCUACUCAGCAGUACUAUAAAGGGCUACAAGAGAUCCUGGAGGCAGCAGAGGACAUGGCCAUAGAUAUACCCCAUAUUUGGCUCUACCUGGCUGAGCUCAUCACCCCAAUGCUCCAUGAGGGAGGCAUUCCCAUGGGACAGCUCUUCAGGGAGAUCUCAAAGCCUCUAGUGCCUCUGGAGAAGGCUGGCGUGUUGCUGGUACAGAUCCUCACCUCACUUUGCAAAGGAAUGACCCAGAAGAAGGUUGGGGCUAUGUGGAUGGAGGCUGGGCUGAAUUGGAGAGAUUUCCUGCCCAACCAUGAGGAUGUCAAUAAGUUUGUGACUGAUGAGAAGGUGGAGUUCACAGUGGGGGAGCAGUCAGAGUCAGAGGCAACCAACAAGAAGAAGGUCUUAAGUUCAGAGGAGCUAAGCAAACAGCUGGAUAGACUUUUCCAGGACAAGGCCAACAACCAGCGUAUCCGUGACUGGGUUGAGGCUAACUUGGAUGAGCAGCAAACUGCUGCCAACCAGUUUGUGCGUGCGCUGAUGACAUCCGUGUGUCAGUCUGCCAUUAUAUGUGAGAACCCAUACAAGGUGGAUGUGGAGCAAAUUACCCAGAGGGCCAGUCUGCUGCAGCGAUACCUGUGUGACGAGCAGAAAGAGCUUCAGGCACUUUAUGCCCUGCAGGCGCUGAUGGUGCAUAUGGAGCAGCCAGCAAACCUGCUGCGCAUGUUCUUUGAUACCCUGUACGAUGAGGAUGUCAUCAAAGAGGAGGCGUUUUACAAAUGGGAGUCCAGCAAAGACCCUGCUGAGCAGACGGGCAAGGGUGUGGCCUUGAAAUCAGUCACCGCCUUCUUCACCUGGCUUCGAGAGGCUGAAGAAGAGUCUGAUAAGGACUGAAGAUUCAACUGAAUGCCGCCCCCCCUCCCUUCCCCUCCUCCCUCUUUGGCAGGGUGUGGGCUUUGCAGGUGGCUGCAGAGAGUAAUGGACUUAUUGCCUAAGAGGCGGACUCAAUCAAUCCUCAAUGAGGAUAAAUCUUUUUUUGAGGGAAGGACUCAUGAAAAACAAUCAUUUCUCUUUCUCUGCCCUCCCUCUCUUGCUUCCUCACCCCCCACCACCACCACCACCACCUAUGUCACAGCAAGUGUCCUCUUUAUGAAAUAAACCUGAAAAAUGAUUCAGCAGGAUUGCUUGUUAACUAUGCGUGAAAUAUCCCAUGUCACUGCAGAGACAUUUUGACUUUUUCAAAAAAAAAAAAGUAACAAUAAUAAUAAUACAAACCAACAUGCUGCUCUUUUUAUGGUUCUAGAUAAUUAUUUUGCCUAACAUCCCAUAUGACACACAAGUAAACAUCUAGGCGUGUCAUAUAGUGUGUUUCCAGAAAUGGGUAUCAUGCUAUAAUGAGUAUGAUAUCUAAAUACAGAACUCUUAAUGUCUUUUGUCCCUUACUGAAGUGUGCAGCAUGAUUGAAGUGUGUUUCUAUUAAUGAUACAGUGGGAGAAACAUUGAUAGACAAAUGUAUGUUGCUAACUAAUCAUAAUUUGAUGGAUGGAGUUUUUAAGCAAAGCUUGUCUUUCUUUUUUUCCACUUCCUGUUUACUACAAUGGGACCUGUGAGGAUAGAAACACGGAGGACUGAUUGUGACCCUUGACCUUGACUACUCGGGGGUGGUUUUAAUGCUUCCUCUAAGCCAUCCUUUCUCCCAUCCCCAGUAGGGAACCAACCUGACUGACGCGUCAUCUUUACCUCUUCUGUACUUAACCAGAGCUGUUGGGGCUCUAUCCCUCCACUGUGGUCAGGGAGCCCCUGUAGAGGACACUUAAUGACUCAAUCACCAUUAAAACUUGAAACCUACAGAAAUUGACUUGAUGAAAUAUAUAAGUUUAAAAAAAAAAAAAAAAAAAAAGCAGAAAUGAUCCGAAAGCCUUUUCUACUCUUAAGUGGAAACACAUUUCAGGAGCGUUCUGUAAAUAUAUAAUGAAAA